CGAGAUCAACUGCAAAAGAAGAUGGCGAUAUUUUAUAUACAAGAAUUAUGUUUUAAUUUUCCUCGAUUUUCAAUCGCUCCUUUCAGGUUAUGGUCAUCUAAAGCAAGUUCAAAAUAUCCGUUAUGUUCUGUUCUGUUUCAAAAUGCGUUUGGAUGUAAAAAAUAUAUUCGUAAAGGGAUUAAAAUAAACAAUUUUUUGACGACAAGAGUGGGUCAUAAUUGUACAAGCAUCACGUGGAUACAUACUAGCAAUGUUAGGCUUGGUAUUGAGGAGUUUUUUCCUCCUAAUAUGUUAGAAACCAAACAACCAUUGCCUGAAGAAGUAAAAUCAGGAAGAAGCUGGAGAGCAGGAGAAUUAAGACAGAAAAGUAAUGAAGAUUUACAUAAACUUUGGUACAUCUUACUCAAAGAAAGGAAUAUGUUACUGACAGUACAAGAAGAAGCGAAAAGACAAGAAAUUGUAAUGGUAUCACCUGAAAGAUUGCAGAAGGUCAAAAAGUCUAUGGCCUUGAUCAAAGUUGUGCUAAAUGAAAGAAAACAGGCUAUUGAGCUCAUUGAGGCUAAGUGCAAUAGCAUUGAAAGUGAUGCAAGGGAGAUGACUAACAGUUCCUCAAGCAGUGAAGAUGGACAGGAAAAUAAUGCAAAAAUUGAGUGGAGUCAAACUCCAGUUGCUGCAACGUGAUUAGAGUACAGGAAUUGGAGUUCUACAAUAUUAUCAUUUUGUUAAUAUUUGUUUUUAUUUUAUACCAGUAAUAUAUCAAAUUUAUACCAGUAUAUACUGGUAGUUAGUGCAUACUCAACUAGUAAUUAGUCAUGGGUAAAAUAUGUUGAAUAAAUGCAUGUUGAAUAUAUGAUCACCAUCAAGCAUGUCUGGGGAUUGUAGAGCAUUCAAACCAUUUCCUGAGGGCCAUUUCAAUAUUCCCAUUUAUCAUUUAUGUCAUUUUUUGUACUUCCAGUCAAACUAGCCCAGCCAAUAUUGAUAUUCUCAAUCACAAGUGGUAGUACGAAGAAUUUUUUUUCUAAAUGUGUUUUAUCACAUGUUCCAAUUAACUGCAUUAAGAAGGAGAUAAUUGAUUCUCAUGGCAAUUUUAAUGUUAUCAUUAAAUGUUUUGAAAAUUAUAUUUUAGUAGUCUAACUAAAGACCCAGUCAACCGUUAAAACCACCAGUUCGACAUGUCAGUGGUUUUUUACCCUAGAAUCGUUAUUAUAUCCAGCAUAAUAAACGUUGUUUUGAACAAAACCUAUGAAAGCGUUUAUUUUGGGAAAAUUUCCUCCAUAAAAGUGCAUAAGUUUUAAAUAAAAUGACUUCAUCCUUUAGGUAUCAGUACCAGAAUA